AGGCAGAGAGGGCGAAGUUUCACUCGGUUUCAGUGUGUGCACUGCAGCCUGAGCGCUGCUGCCGGAAUCCAACACAACAAUGGCGACUCCCAGUCCUGACAGCAACUCCAGCAGCUCCAGCAGCUCCAACAGUAGCAGCACCGCAGGAUCCACGUCGCAUCAGUUUCACCAGCAGACACAAAGCAGCAGCAUGCAAGAAACCAACACCUGCUGGAGAUGUCAAAAUGAAACAGGGUUUCAGAUAAGCCUGUCUGGAGUAUCCCAAAGUAAACGUAAAGCUCUGAAGCUGAAUUUCGCCAACCCUCCAGUGAAACCGGCCUCCAGGCUCCCGCUCAAUCCAACGCCCCCCUCUUUUCAGAACCCUCACAUAGAGCGUCUGCGAACACACAGUAUCGAGUCGUCGGGGAAGCUUAAGAUCUCUCCAGAGCAGCAUUGUGACUUCACUGCAGAGGACCUGAGAGACCUCGGGGAGAUUGGUCGCGGGGCAUAUGGCUCCGUCAACAAGAUGGUCCACAAGCCCACGGGCCAGAUCAUGGCAGUUAAGAGGAUUCGCUCCACUGUGGACGAGAAGGAGCAGAAACAGCUGCUGAUGGAUCUCGACGUGGUGAUGAGGAGUAGCGACUGUCCCUACAUCGUUCAGUUCUACGGCGCUCUCUUCAGAGAGGGUGACUGUUGGAUUUGUAUGGAGCUUAUGUCUACCUCAUUAGACAAAUUCUACAAAUAUGUAUAUUGUGCAUUAGAUGAUGUCAUUCCAGAGGAAAUAUUAGGCAAAAUAACAUUAGCAACCGUUAAAGCACUGAACCACUUAAAAGAAAACUUGAAAAUAAUUCACAGAGACAUCAAACCUUCCAACAUUCUAAUGGACCGAAGGGGAAAUAUCAAGCUGUGUGAUUUCGGCAUCAGCGGUCAGCUGGUGGACUCCAUAGCCAAGACCAGAGACGCAGGCUGCAGGCCUUACAUGGCGCCUGAAAGGAUAGACCCCAGUGCUUCCAGACAAGGCUACGAUGUCCGGUCUGAUGUGUGGAGCUUGGGAAUCACCCUGUACGAACUGGCCACAGGAAGGUUUCCUUACCCCAAGUGGAACAGUGUUUUUGAUCAGCUGACACAAGUGGUGAAAGGAGAGCCUCCUCAGCUCAGCAACUCAGAGGAGAGGCAGUUCUCCCCCAAGUUCAUCAACUUUGUUAACCUAUGCCUUACAAAGGAUGAAUCAAAAAGGCCAAAGUACAAGGAACUUCUGAAACACUCCUUCAUUCUGAUGUAUGAGGAGCGUUUCGUGGAUGUCGCCAGUUACGUGUGCCGCAUCCUGGAUCAGAUCCCCGCCUCUCCCAUCUCUCCUAUGUAUGUGGACUGAGGGAGUUUGGCAGGGAAGGGUGGGUGGGUGGGGGGACGGGGUCACCCAACAUGUGGUGGGUGGGACACUAAGCUUUGUGAUGCGACGUUUGACAUCUUAGCCCUCAGAGUUAACGUAGGAUCACCUGUUUAAUCACAUGUUCCAAAGAACAAAGGAACUAAGUCCAAAUUGCCCAGUGCAAUGAGAUGAAUAUUGUUAAGCAAACUCUUCCACCUCCAAUCACCUCAUUUAAAGUCAGUGAAACCUAAAAUAUUAUCAUCCAUCUUCAGUCAGAAAAACUUGAAGACAUAACAUUGUCUUAGUAAAAUGCAAUGCAUCCUUUUAUGUGAGGAAAAAUUAACAGAGUAUAUGUAUAUAUAUACUUGAACUCGUUGUACACAAACAGAAUUUACCAAAUAAAAUGUUGGACAGUGAUGCUCAUGACGUAUGAACAAAAAUACACACUUAUUGGAUUGUACAUUGUGGACUGUGUGUAUGCAUUUGUGUGUUCACGUCUGAAUUGUUGACAUGUACAGAUGUAUGCCGACAGACCUACUGUCUAAACACACACACACACACACACUCUAAUCAUCACGCAGUUUGUUGCGGGCACCUUCACUCAUGGUCAAUGAAUGAGUAUGCAAAAAAUGUUUGAAUCUGGGAAGCUCAUGGAUUCGGUAGCGUGGCUUUACUUCUUUUUUUUUUUUUGGUUUGUUUUCAAUAUGCAAUCUGUGAGAGUUUGUCUUGACACGUGAUACAGGACAAUAUACAUUCUCACUUCCAAUGUUAGCCCCAGUUUGCACUUCUCUUGUUACUUCAUUACAUGAGCCACAAACCUAAUUCAAAAAAGCUAAUACUAAAGAUUUUAAGGGUUGGGGGGGAAAUUGAGUCCCACAUCGUAACCCUGUUUCCUAAUCAAAAAAAAUUUUUUUAGCUGGAAAUGUAGGGUUAGCUUUCUUUUUAGCUUUAUGUCAUAUCCACCUAAUCUGAACCUGAAGGAACGUUGUUCAACUGGGAGAUUGUGUCAUUUUAGCUGUUCCUAAAUCAACGUUAAUUAGCUACAACUGAUAUAAUUAGCUGUUCGUCAUCCGUUAAAGCUUCAGUUAGCAUGAAGAUGAAUGAUGCCUGCUACCUAAAUGUUUUCUAUAUUACUAAUAAAAAGUAAACAGUAGAUUCAGUGAGAGAAUAGAAGUGUGUCAUUAGCAUAGGAGUUCAGUGAAUACAGGUAUUUUGCUAACUGGGCCCAGCUACAGAAAUUAUCUGACCUUUCUCAUUUUUUUACGGUACAAAAACAUAGAUGUGUUAUUAUGAAAACAUUAAUAUAGAUAAAUAUACCUGACAAAACUUUUCAAACAUACAGAAUAGGCAAGGAGAUAUGUCACUUCAAGCUAACGUUAGUUAGUUUGGACGUGGAAUCAGAACUUGGUAUGCGAGUAAAACUCUUAUGCAGUGGAAAUAAUAAUUCCAGAUGGACUGUCUGAAAAUUUUUUAAAAAUACUUUCAAACAUCCCGCAUCAUAGUUUUAUAUUUUAGGAAAGAAGAUACUUCCGUAGCUCAAAUGUAAUGACAUGACGAUACAUGAGAGAUACAAACUGGGGCUAAUCCAAUGUUACCUUGCCUGAUGUAAAGUGACUUCAGGACAUUAUUUCCACUGAUGUAAAUGUGUAUGUAUAUAGUACAUCUAAUCUGCUGUUCCUGGCAGGUUCUGCUUGACAGUUAAGGCUCAUUCCUAAACACGGAGAUGAUCAAAUCAAGUGGUGACCAAAUUAAGAGUGCUAGGCGCAGAAUAAUAAUGUGGUUUCAGUUUGAGAAUGAGCCUUAAUGCUCCCCAGCAGCCUGUCAUAGCACUGUACAGUUAAACUGCUCAUCCACACUGAUCACAGAUCCACCAUGCUGCAAUACAAAGGCAAACAGCAGUAACUACAUCUUUAAAAAAUGACACCCUAUAAAUGCUGCUAAAUGACAAACUGUCCACCUAUGUACCAACGACACAGAAGAUCCACUCCUCACAUGGUUACUGCUGUUUGACCUUUUAGGUUACCACAGCAUGUUCCUCCGUGACUUGGCAUGUCUCUUUUCUGGCUUGCACUGAUGAUAGAAUGUCCCCCCCCCCCCUGCUAAAACAUGUAUCACACUUUGGGAUGUGUCCCUAUAGUUGAAAGGGCAUCCUCUGGCCUGACCUCAGGGGGCAGGCGAGGGAAAGGCUGCAACUUGAGACUAUUGAGAUUCACCCACUCUCAUUCCCUCUCAGAAAGCCACGUCUACCCGCACAAUGGAAGUUAGUGGACAAACAUCACACAACUAGGAGUUAGUUCCAUAACCAAACUGUAUGGAUGGUGGUCCUUCAAAGUUGGGACAUUGUAAUGACCUGUAAUGUAAUUAUUUUAAAGGAUAAGGCUAGUAAUGGUCACCCCGUUUUUUUUUUUUUUUUACAUUCAACAAAUUCAUUGAAAAGACCAAACCAAAACCAAUCAUCUUUUCAGUUGGUAGUUUUGAGCAAGCAUAACUAGUGCACUUGUUAGGGGUAGUUUUCAACAGCAAAGUGAGUUGACAAUAUGAAAAUAAUAGACUAUAGUCAGUCUUAUCCUUUAAAUGUGCAAAUGCCAAUAAUCUAAAGUAAUCCAAUGUAAUAUAGCCUAUACAAGAAUAAGCCAAGAAUAUAUAGUAACAUGAGUCAGCUAUUGACUUUGUCACAUAAUACAAGAUCAGUUGAUAUUUUAUGGGACUGUCCAGAGUAUUUACUGUUAUUGUUACUCUUAUAUCUUGAUGUGGAAAAAAAUAUAUCAAUUUGAUCGACAGUCACAAUUCAGGUUUUUAUUGUAUUUUGGCAUUUUCUUUGACUGUAAGGCAUUAUUACAUUUAGUUUCAUUACAUUAAAGGUAUUGUUGUAUUUAAAGGGGUACUCUAUCGAUUCUGUGUUGUACUUCAUUGAGGUUGUGGGGAGCAAUAUGUUUAAAAAAGAAUUAUAAAAAUUGAUGCAGUAGAGGCCAAGAUAUUCUAUUCUUAAAGAAACAAAACUGACAUCAUCAGAAAACUGAACUUCGGUGGAGCUCCCCUUAAUGUUUUCCUUAAAUUUCAAUGACUACAGAUGUAAGCUGUUGUUGCAAAAAUGGCCACCAUCUUUGGGGUGUGUUGGGGGCUUUGGGGUCACUCAUUAAAACAAGACUUGUUGAACACUUGUGGCUUAUUUGGGAGGGUUAUAACAUUACAACAGAGUUGGUAGAGAUGUAUUGUAGACCAGACACGAUUCUCUGUCUAGCUUAUUAGGAGAAUUCUGUCAGCUCUGAUCUUUCCGUUUCUAUCAGUAAUGUGAAAUGGUGCAGACCCCUGAGAAAGCCCACAAUCUCAUUUGACACGUCUCCAGAUCUGUUCUUCUCUCAUGGGAUAUGUUUCCAAGAAGCUAACUUACCACUGGUGAAUCUGAAUCUCCAGGGUACAUGUUGUACAAAUUGCAAUUUACUAGAAUGUUCAUAAUAGAUUAUAAGAUAAUAUUAAGGGCAAUGAAUAUUAUAUUGUAUCUUUAUCAAGGGUUACAAAUAAAGUUCCCAUGGAAAAGACUGAGAACCUGUAUUGUGUGCUUCUUGUGAAUCAGACAUGAAUAAAAUGGUAACUGCGGAAAUGAUUUUGCUGUGAUAAGUUUAUUGCUCUUCUUUCUGUAGUAUACAGGGAUGCAGGCAAAUACUGUUUUUUUUUUUUUUUUU